UCACACUGACGAAAGGUCAAUGUGUCCUUCCACACACAUGUGUUCCAUAAUCUUGAAGCAAGCAGCAGUAACGGGGAGUUAGCCGGUAGCUGUGAGUUGUCAAACCUAUUUAUCUGCACUAAAAGCCUUCACAUUUCUACACAGUCAUGCUAAAGUCAGUUGUUCGUGCGGUGGGAGCCGCUGUCCGCCUCUCUUCAGUCGCCACUUCCACAGCCCGAACCCUGCCUCUCAGCUGCCAGACACUGUGCUCUCCAAGCUCGGCCACAACUCGGCCCUUCACCCGGUCUCUCUGGAUGCUGAACAACAACGGAGCGUCGUCAGGAUACAGGCCAAAACUCUUCAGUUCAAAAGCGUUGAAUCCCUCGAUAUCAUGUGGAUGUGGAAGCCUGCACACAGAAGGUGACAAAGCAUUUGGUGCUUUCCUGUCUGAUGAAAUCAAAGAGGAGCUGAAGAUCCAGAAAAACAGCAACCUUCCUAAGAUGUCUGGAGGAUGGGAGCUGGCUCUGAAUGGCACAGAAGCUAAACUCUCAAGGAAUGUUGCCGGAGAGAAAAUCACUGUCACAUUCAACGUCAAUAACAGCAUUCCUCCUAACUUUGAGGAAGAGGCAGAGCAGGGACAGCAGAAGUCCGCAGAGGAAGAGCCAGAAAUUGUAUCAUCACCCAACUUUGUUGUCGAUGUAACGAAACAGGGUGCAAAACAUUCCCUGGUGUUUGACUGCCAUUUCCCUGAAGAUGAGGUGAGUCAUGCUGAAGGAGAAGAGGAGAGCGACAUCUUUGCCAUUCGUGAGGUCAGUUUCCAGCCUGAGGGAGACACAGACUGGAAGGAGAACAGCUACACACUCAACACAGACGCUCUGGACUGGGCUCUGUAUGACCACCUGAUGGACUUCCUGGCUGACCGCGGGGUUGACAACACCUUCGCUGAUGAGUUGAUGGAGCUGAGCACGGCCGUCGAGCAUCAAGAGUACAUCAAGUUCCUGGAAAACCUCCAUGGCUUUGUCAAAUGUAACUAAUGUUAGGUACAAGUUAAAUGUCACUAUUCUUCAAAACACAUCCUGGCAAAGUUGAAGGUUUGAUAAUAUAAUACAACUAAAUCAAAUGCUGCAGCGCUGAUUGACACCUUUGGAAAUCUAAAGAGACUCAGUGUCUGUGGCAGUCAGCCUUCUUGCCAGCAGUUGUCACAUCAGUACAUUGCUGCAAAACAUUUAUUUUCCUUUUUGUUCUUUCUUUUUUAUUUGACUAUUUUUCUGUAACUUAAAUGAGAGUUUAAAUUAAAUAUAUGAAGUUCAUAAAUAAGGCUGGUCACGACUCUGCAGAUACCCCUUUUUAUAAAAAAUGUCCCUCAAUUGUAGAGUUCCUGUCUUAACUGCACGGGUUUCAUAUGGUCCAGUCAGUAAUUGUGUCCAACUGUCCUUAAGCUAAUAAAGGGAUAAUUUGACAAGAUGUGUACUCUGUUCGCAAAAAAAUCCUCACUUAUCUUUAGCUUUUACAGUUGGAGUCUUACUUCUAUGUUGACUAACAUUGAUUUGACUCUGUCAGACCAUAAUAUGUGAAUUAUUCAUCUGAAUGGCAUACAUCAGCAUGUCUUCAGAGAAUGAAAGGUCAUUGUUCAAUAAAACAGUUUGAUAUAAA